CUUCCGCUGCGAAGUUCAUGCGGAUGGUCUUGAUGAAGUCUUUCAUAGGUGGAAAGCGACCCAUUCGUCCAGCCAGUUGGAGAAGAAAGCAAAUAUGAGAGAACCAGCAAGCCUAAUCAGCCUGUUGCUCAACCCGAGUAGCAUAAGUAGCAUUGUUAAGACCUAAGACGGAUUAUGUAGGGGUACAAACGCUGGAUUACAGUUAUGGCAUAUGUAGCCUCGUGUCGCUGUCCGGAGUAUCUGGUACACAUAUGUGCCCCAGGGUUUCGAAGGACCUGUACCCUUUGCUAACAGGGGUCUGACACGCCGAAAAAGACCUGAAGGCGGCAAAUGUUAAGUCGCCGACUGACUUGGCGGCGUGGCCGGGAAAGCAGAGUACAAGUCAUGCUGUGACUUGUGAGCCUUACAAUUGUCUUCCUGCAAUCUUCGUUCGCCCCUAGAGAUACCGUUGACGGACACCAUGCCAGACGUUCCAGGCGAUGCUUUGGAGUUGGUGGAAAUUCAUGACCGAUCUUUUCAGAAAUGGUCGGUUGACCGUCGAGUUUAUUGCGUACCCGUGGAUGAGGUAGAAGAAGAGCGGUUGGGGACUCAACAUGAUCUGGUUACCGCGCAGUUCGGUUCCCUGUACAUUGCACCAGUCCCAAAUCCGUCUCGAGUCCUUGACUGCGGAUACGGUCAAGGGAAUUGGGCUGUGCGCAUGGCAGAGUACUUCGAGGACAGUGAAGUGCAUGGCAUCGAUAUAUACCCCAUCUCCCUUCCAGACGAGCCGGAAAACCUUGAAUUGUUUUGCGACGAUCUCAAUAGCCGCUUGACCGAGACAUACCAACAGAAUUACUAUGACCUCAUCCACUCGCGAUUUGUGCAGUCCGGGAUCAAGACACGACGUUGGCCAACGUACGCGAAAGACCUUGCCAGACUGACCAGACGUGGUGGCUACGUACAAAUGGCCGAGUGGUACCUAAAUUUUCAGUCAGAUAGUGGGCGGUUGACCGAAAGUCAUGCCCUCACACAAUGGUAUACACUGUAUCAGGGGGCUUGCCAACAGAUGAAUAGAAAUCCUCGGGUCGGCCGUGAGCUACGACGGUAUCUCCAAGAUGCUGGACUUCAGGAUAUUCAUGACUUCUGUUACCGAGUUCCUAUAGGAGCAUGGUCAGCAGAACCUGCUCUGCAAGAAAUCGGCCGACAGGCCCUUGAGAACUUCAUCCCUUUGCUGGAAUCUCAUGCAAUAUACCCGUUCACCACUUGCCACGGUUGGACUGCGGAACAAGUCCAAUGGUUACGGCAACGGGCUGAACAUGAAAUGAAUGAUUUAACCUUGAAGAUAUAUGUGCCAUUAUAUGUUGCUUGGGGGAGGAGACCGUAGCAACCGGCAGUGGCGAAGGGGAUUCCAGGAACACAUGCUUGGGAACUCUGGACUACACCAAGCCGAAUACGUACUCCAAGCGAGGAGAUAACAAGGAAGGAUUCAGAGUUUGUUGGUGGAGUGCGGUAUAACCUGGUCGUUGCAGUGCGAAGGAUAUGCUCGAUACAUGAAGUGGACCAGGAGCUAAUCGGCUGUAUAUCCUAGAUGAUAGAGCAGCCGCUUCGGUAUUGUACCACACAUCAGUGAGAAUGCUGGUGUGUUCGGAUGAUGUUCCUCAGUAGUGUCUUGCAUUCUGCGAAGUGUAAGUGGACGAAAGGUGGAUAGUUUCAGCUUUUCCUUUACCAUAGCAAGAUACCACAUUC